GCUUGUGCAGCCACACCGCCAAGGAAAGGAUGCUAUUAAAAUCCUUGGGACGGGGCUAAAUGAUGGUGCAUCGCAGAUCCUAAUAUGGUUAAUGCAGGAGACAUGAAUGGUUCUGGCAACCUGAUGGAUUUUUUGGAUGAGCCUUUCCCUGACGUUGGGACUUACGAAGAUUUCCACACCAUUGACUGGCUGCGGGAGAAAUCCCGUGACACCGACAGGCACAGAAAGAUUACAAGCAAAAGUAAGGAGUCCAUAUGGGAGUUCAUCAAGAGUUUGCUGGACGCCUGGUCAGGAUGGGUUGUAAUGCUUCUCAUAGGACUCCUGGCAGGCACGUUGGCCGGAGUGAUAGAUUUAGCUGUGGACUGGAUGACAGACCUGAAGGAGGGUGUCUGCUUGUCUGCCUUCUGGUACAGCCACGAGCAGUGCUGCUGGACAUCUAACGAAACUACGUUCGAUGACAGGGACAAGUGUCCCCAGUGGCAGAAAUGGUCUGAGCUUCUUGUAAACCAGUCUGAGGGUGCAAGUGCUUACAUUCUAAACUAUUUUCUAUACAUUAUGUGGGCUCUAUGUUUUGCUUUCCUGGCAGUCUCUCUGGUCAGAGUGUUUGCUCCCUACGCUUGUGGCUCUGGAAUCCCAGAGAUAAAAACCAUCCUGAGUGGUUUCAUUAUUAGGGGCUACCUGGGAAAGUGGACACUUUUAAUCAAAACAGUCACCUUGGUUCUGGUGGUAUCCUCAGGCCUCAGCCUCGGGAAAGAAGGGCCAUUAGUCCAUGUGGCCUGUUGCUGCGGGAACUUCUUCAGCAGCCUCUUCUCAAAGUACAGCAAGAAUGAAGGAAAGAGAAGAGAGGUGCUUUCAGCUGCAGCAGCUGCAGGAGUUUCUGUUGCCUUUGGCGCUCCCAUUGGAGGUGUACUUUUUAGUCUGGAAGAGGUCAGUUAUUACUUUCCUCUGAAAACCCUCUGGAGGUCAUUUUUUGCUGCUCUUGUGGCUGCCUUCACACUGAGAUCCAUCAAUCCUUUCGGAAACAGCCGGCUGGUCCUUUUCUACGUGGAGUACCAUACCCCCUGGUACAUGGCCGAGCUUUUCCCUUUCAUUCUGCUUGGCGUCUUCGGGGGUCUCUGGGGGACUCUCUUCAUCCGCUGCAACAUUGCCUGGUGCAGAAGGCGAAAAACCACCAGGCUGGGGAAAUACCCYGUCCUGGAGGUUAUCGUGAUCACCGCCAUCACCGCCGUCAUCGCGUACCCUAACCCCUACACGCGGAGGAGCACCAGCGAGUUGAUCUCAGAGCUCUUCAACGACUGCGGCGCCCUUGAGUCCUCGCAGCUCUGCGACUACAUCAAYGACCCAAACAUGACCCGACCCGUGGAUGACAUUCCUGACAGACCUGCCGGCCCUGGGGUCUACACGGCGAUGUGGCAGCUCGCCUUGGCCUUGGUGUUCAAAAUUGUCAUCACCAUAUUUACUUUUGGCAUGAAGAUCCCUUCUGGCCUUUUCAUCCCCAGCAUGGCUGUUGGGGCCAUGGCUGGCAGGAUGGUUGGCAUCGGAGUUGAGCAGCUGGCGUAUCACCAUCAUGACUGGAUCAUCUUCAGGAACUGGUGCAGACCUGGGGCAGACUGUGUCACACCGGGACUUUAUGCUAUGGUGGGAGCCGCAGCUUGCCUGGGUGGUGUUACCCGCAUGACUGUUUCGCUGGUGGUGAUCAUGUUUGAGCUCACCGGAGGCCUGGAGUACAUCGUGCCUCUGAUGGCUGCCGCUGUCACAAGCAAGUGGGUGGCAGAYGCCUUUGGGAAGGAGGGGAUCUACGAGGCUCACAUUCACCUGAAUGGGUACCCGUUCCUGGACGUGAAGGACGAGUUCACGCACCGGACGCUGGCAACGGAUGUCAUGAGGCCACGGCGAGGGGAGGCUCCUCUCUCCGUUCUGACACAGGACAGCAUGACCGUGGAGGACGUCGAGACGUUGAUCAAGGAGACCGACUACAACGGCUUCCCAGUAGUGGUUUCUAAAGACUCCGAGAGGCUCAUUGGGUUUGCACAGAGACGGGAGCUGAUUCUUGCGAUAAAGAAUGCCCGGCAGCGGCAGGACGGGGUGGUGAGCAACUCCAUCGUGUAUUUCACGGAAGAUCCCCCAGAACUGCCACCCAAUAGUCCCCAUCCACUGAAGCUGCGGCGUAUUCUCAACCUGAGCCCUUUCACUGUCACUGACCACACGCCAAUGGAGACCGUGGUGGAUAUUUUCCGGAAACUGGGACUGCGCCAGUGUCUGGUCACUCGCAGUGGGAGGCUGCUGGGUAUCAUAACUAAAAAGGAUGUAUUAAGACAUAUGGCUCAAAUGGCAAACCAGGACCCUGAAUCUAUCAUGUUUAACUAGCCUGAUAAAGAAAGAAGAGGGAAAUUAACCUCAAAGGGAUCCCUUCUAGAUUAACACGAAGGCUAUGUUUGGUGUUUCAUUUUGUUUAAAGAGAAAAUAUAAUGUGGAUGAGGAAUGGCCCAAUAUACCUCUGACAGAGGGAGUGGAUGCAGGAUGGCACUUAUUUCAUGAUGUAGGCAGUUUAGAAGCUCUGAGCAGCUGCAGACAUCAAGCUGUGUUUCCUUAAUGAGUUUCCUAACAGCUCAAUUGUUGCAUUUGUGGGUGUAAGUGAUGUGGUGCUUAGAGGCAAAGAGCCAGGAGCACCAGUGGGACACAUCGACAUUCAUAGUAACUCCUGAGGCAGGUGUGAAGACUGGCAGACACUGUUUGUGUACAGGUUAUUAACAGAUACGAAGCUCCAGACUAGAGAGUGUGUAUGAGUAAUAUGUCAGUUGUUUCUGUUCCUGAGGUCAUGGCUAUUUACUAGCUAUACUGAAUUAUUAUAUUUUCACAAAGGAAAAAGAAAUCAUCACCUUCAUUUAUUUUUAUAAAAGUUAAGUAAAUCAGGAUGGGAGUUAAAGGAGCAAGAAUAUACUUCAAUUCUCUUUAAAGCAUCUAGUUCCCUAUUUCCUGUUUUAGUCCUUUGAAUUYUAUACAGUUUAGCAUUUUUAUCAGUCACUUUCCCUUUAUUACUGUUAAAAUGACUUAUUUGUAAGGAUUUAUUAUUUCUCUAUGCAAUUUUGCAUACAGGUACUGUAAUGUAAUGUUUAAUAUUAAGUGAUCUGCUGUCACAACAGGAAAGAGCACAAAAGCCCACAGAGGAGUUUUCACAGGCACAAAACAGACUGCUGGCCAACUCCCGUUGGUGUGARCCACAAGAGAUCCAGUCCUUAGCACCUGUCUUCCUGCAUGUAAAGAAACAUAAACAUUUUUCACAGGCUAACAAAGUUCUGCAUUGAGUGCUGAUUCUCCAUUUUGUUUCUUUUCUUCAUUACCAUUUCUUGGCAUUUGUCUGCACCUGCCAAGAGAUUAUUUAAAUUAAUUUAGCAGAGCCACAGAUAGCUAUUCUGUAGCAUAUCUGCUUCCUAUGCUGCUGCUGCUGCUGUGAGUUGUAGGACUAUGGAAUUCCUCCCCACGACACUGUGUCUGAAUAAAGGAGCAAAGGGAUUAGGAAUGUAAACAACAAUAUCAAGACUUUAAUUAUUUAUCCUUUUGCUCCAAGAACAUGAGAUUUAAAAACCUACAGUAGGGACCACUGAGACAAAAAUGAUGAUUUUUCCUAAUCCCUUCUUUGCUACUUUGAGAUUCACUGAGUCAACAUUGCCUGUAUUAAUAUACUAUUACUUUAGUCAAUACUGUUAUCAGUACAAAAGGCGUAAAUUCUGCCUGAAGUAGAAUUUACACUGCCUAAUGUUYUGUUUCUUCUUGGAGGGAAUUUGGGCUUUUACUGAGGAGAGUUUGAAUCCUAACUUAGAUGCCCUGAAAAUCCCUUUCAGGAAGGGCUUCUGAUCCUUCUUCAUUUAGACAUCUAAGACCUCUGGUACUUUUGCACAUCUUCAUACAGAUAACUUAUAUUCAAAUCAAUUGCAUCCAGAAGAUCUUCAGGGAUAGGGUUUGAGUCCUUUCAUACUGAAAGAGCCUGCUGCUUGCUACAAAAGCCAGGCUAUUGAGUCAAUUUGUAGGCAAUGUGCAUGACCAACGUGACUCUGGAUAGGGACAAGAAGACAGGUACACCCUAAGUUAAAUGCCCACUGCUACAUGCCUCCAGUUCCUCUCCUUUUCUCAAGUGAUCCUGCUUCCCUGUGGCCCAUGUCCCCCUGCAUUCACACAAUGUAUGGCCCAAAUUGCUUACGUAAAUAAACAGAAGUAAAUGGAUAAUUUUAAUCGGUUAAAUACUCCAUUUAACAACACAAUUUAAAGAGACUAACAUAAAUAUAUGUAGCUCUGGCCAAAGCCCAUAAAUGUGCAGUAUUUUCUGCUAACUGACCAUCUGCAGUACAAUGCAUUAUUAAAAGGAUAUUGUUAAAACUUUUUAAGUUAUAGGAUCAGUCCUUUUCUUCUGAAACUAAGAAAUGGCACACAAUACAAUUGUUUCUUGUGUGCUUUUCUUUUAUGUGAAGCAGUUAUCAACCAAACUCAUAAAAGAAAGCUAAGCCAACUACCAACAUAUAAAAAUUGCAUCUGUGCAUUUGAACAGAGAUAUGAUCUUAAGAAUGAAUUAAUUCCCGUAACUAAACCAACAAGGAGUUUAGUACAAUUACAAGUUUCCACUGAAAACUACUCAACCAAAGGGAUAUGGACUGAGAUAAGUAGGUCUAAUUCUAAGGUCAAUCUUAUUCUAAAAUUUAAAAUGAAAGGACUGUGGUCUAUUUUUUCCACUUUUAUAACUCCAAAUUUUAAUGCAUGCAUAUAAAAUUAACAWUUUUUUAAUCCAUCUCCCUCUAUAUUUACAUAGGAAACAAAUGGGCUUCCCAUUUGAGCACUUUAAAUCUUUCCAUUAUAAGCCAGGGAAAAUAAGCUGAGAUUUUUCGUUUAGCUGCUAUAUGAGACCAAACUCCUUUCUUUGUGUAUGUCAGGGAAAAAAGAGGAGAUGGAAAGCCUUCUCUGUUAGCCAAGGAAUUUUCAGUCUACACCACAUUAACAGUUAGUCCAUGGCAGAGCUGUGUAGAGUGCUCACAGUACUGAGGAUGAUGUUUGUUAACAGGAGCUAGGAUGGUAUAUCUGCCCCCAAAAAUGUCAGUUCUUGAGAAAUAAAGACAGAGGGAGCUAGCUGAAAUUAAAAAUAACAGUGAACACAAACUCUUUUGAGUAGCGAGUUGAAUUAUCAGCUUAACCUUACUCCAAGACUGUGCAUAGGCAAAAACUUGAGUGGCUAUUCCUGUUAAUACCCAGAGGCCACUACCACUAACAGUCAGUCUGGUGAUAKCUUGUCACAUAGGCUUAUUGGGCUGCACAGGAGAAGCCUUAGGAACUUAAGAACGGGAUCCAUAAAGCCAUCAUGGUAAUUUAUAAGAAACACCAAAGAAAGAAUCAAGACUUACUGAAGGUGCCAUUUGAGCCUAGGACUGCCACCCAAGCAGAGGGCAGGCAAAUGAAAGCCCAGCUCUUUUCUGCAAUACCUGUUCAUCUUUAGGUGGAAAGGUUAAAUAUUUAAAGGGUCAAAGUGAUAAAACUUUGGAUGCAUAACUGUAUACAUGAAUGGUUAGACUGCCUCUCCUUGUUUCCAUGUCUGUUAAAAGAUGUUAGAGCAAGGAUUGAAAUCUAGCCCUCCAAAAAUGGUGUAGGAGUAGCUAACUUCCAGCUGCUUAGCAUCAAUAAAGAUGAGGUGGUGCUAGAAUGACAAGGAGAGCUUUGAAAUUGGACAGACUUUGCUAAUUAAAAAACUUAGAAGUUUAUACAGAGCCUGCAGUUGGCUGCAAGUUCUUGUGUUGACCUUCAUCCAUGCAGUACUGUCUCCAUUGCUCUUUUAGCCUCAGUGACUGAAGGAAAAACACUCUUAGCAUAAAUUAAGAACACACUUUUCUCAAAAACGCAGUUCUAAUGAAAUGAUUUAAUGUAAUUCCCCAUAACAAGCCCAUUAUCAGUCAGUGUUUUCCAUCUGUAUUCCCAAGUGUGUCUCAGAACUUACUGAAUAGACUCCAAGAGGCAUAUAUCUCAGCCUUAAGUAUUUAUUUGAAUCUGUAGAACUCAAGAUAGAGUUACGCAGCCUGAUUAAUUUAAGAGUUUCCUAAGUACUUUAGUACUGAGUGCUCAGUUUAUACAACCACAGUUCAAUCUUGGUGUUCAAGCUAUUGAAC